UGCGAUUUGAUUGGUGCAUUGCCCCACUUGAACUCGUGCUGCUAUUCUUCCAUCAGCCAAAGCCAGGGAUAUGCGGAAGAACAAUAAGCCCGCAUCUGCAACCACCAACCUGACGGGCACUCGAAUGAGCAACUAUGGCAGCACACACGACCCCACUGCCCAGCGCCUGCUAGCAACCUCGGACAAGAUUGAACUGACCAAGCAAACGAUCGCGGAAGCGGACCGCACGGCAAAGCAUGUCCUUGUAGAACUAGAAGCGCAGCGUGGGCAGUUUACAGACAUGAAGGACAUGGUGAACGACACCAAGGUCGCAACGACCCAAGCGAAUGCGUACUUGAAGGAACUGCGGGAGCGUCACCUUCGGCAAAAGGCGUUCCUGUGGUUCAUCAUCGUCGUGCUUGUCGUGAUCGACUUGUUUUUAUUCUACUACUUCUUCCUAAGGCAAUAGACACCAUUCAUUUUGGA